AUAUAACUGUAAUAUUAAAUUUUGUGUUAAAAAAUAUAAAUAAAAAAAUAUGUUGAAAUAAUUUAGAGAAAAAAUUUUGAAAUACACCACACCAAAUUUUUUUUGUGGAAUAAUAAUCUAAUUCAAAUUGUUAUAAUAUCGCGUUCUUGUUGUGUUUGCUACUAUAGAGAAAUUUUCCUGGAGACAAAAAGCAGCAAAAAAUUCAGGUUAAUUAAAUAAAAUUUUACUUAUACUUACCACACACAAAAUUGAGAGAGAAACAGAUAAACAAAUAGCGGCCAUUUAAAAAAAAAACUUAAGUAUUUGUUUUUACUAACAAUAUCUUCCACGAGGGGGCCUGUGCAAUAACUCAAAGCAAAACAAAAAAAAAAAGAAAACAAUUCAUUGAAUUUUUAAGUGGAUCGAAUUAGUUAAUGAUGAAAUUUCAACAACAAAAACUUAAACUCUCAAUAAAAACUUUAUUGAAUAACACAUAAAAUUUUAUACACAUUUGUUUUUCAAAAAAAAAAAUAAAAAACACAAGAUUUCUUUUAAAUAUAAACCAAAAAAAAAAACUUUAACUUCACCAUUCAACAACAAUAAAACAACAACGAGUGAAAAAAAAAACUUUGCCAUCAUAAUUAUUAUGCCAUUACUGUUAACUAAUUAUCAAAAUAUCGUUUCAUACGGAAUGUUACUAGAUCAUAAUAGUUUUAGAAGCAGAAAUAGUUUCAACAAUUUGGAACAUCAACAUCAUCAUUUACAGCAGCAGCAUCAUUCACAUCGUAAUCAUUUAUAUCAGCAACCAAUUGAUUUUACAAUGUCCAAAUAUAAAGAAUCUUUAAUUAAUUUAACAUCAUCAGGAGUAGCAUCAACAUCAGCAGCAUCGAUAUCAUCAAUAACAUCAACCGGAACAACAACAAAUACAACAACAGCAAUUGCAGAAGCUGCAGCUGCAAUUGCUGCUGCUGCUGCUGUCGCUUCUAUAAAUACAACAACAACAAAUAAUGGAAGAUCAAUUAAUGAUCAAACAAAUUUUUUAUUUCCAAAUUCACAUACAACUAUGCAAUUACAACCAACUGGCCAUAAUAUACAUCAUUCACAACAUCAUCAUUCUCAUCAUCAUCAUCAACAUCAACAGCAGCAUUAUCAUUCAAAUCAUCCAUUAAUACAUCAUCAUUCACAAACAUCAAAUUUAAAACAUAAUAUAACAUCUCAUUUAGCAGCAACAACACAACAUCAUAAUUCAGCAACAAAUAGUUUACAACAAUUACAACAUUUAACAAAUUUACAUAAUACAUUGCAAUUGGAACAACAAAAAUUAACUCAUAGUCAAUUGCAUUCGAAUAUAUCAAGGCAUUAUUUUAAUCAACAACAACAUCACCAAAAACAAUUACAACAUAAGAAACAACAACAAAAUAAUCAAGAACAACUAACACAACAACAACAACAACAAGAAGCAUUUAUUGAACAACAUGGCCUUUCACAUAAUAUGAUCGGUUUAAGAACACAACAGUUACAGCAAAUGUGCAAUGAACUUUAUGGGAAUUUAAAUGAUUCAGUUACCGCAAUUGGUAAAGAUUCAAUUCUACCAUCUUUGGGUAUCAAUGUCGGCGGUAAUAUUACUGGAAAUGUUACUUUAAAUAGAAAUCGUUUUAAUAGUAGUGAUAGUAGUGCAAGCAGUAAUAAAAGUCGUAGAAGUAGUAGUGGUAGUAUAACUGGCAAUAAUAGUAAUAAAAACAAUAAUAACAAUAGUAAUAACAAUAAUAAUAAUAGUAAUAAUAAUAAUAAUAGUGCCACGAAAAGUAUUAAUAGCAAUUUUAAUAAUAAAAUAACUAAAGAAGGGAAUAAAACCGGUAAAAAUGAUUUAGUUCCUAGUAGUAUAGCAACGUCGCCAGCUUUAAUUAUGGACGAUGUCGAAGCUCUUGAAAAAUCACCAUCAAAUAACACUAAUAAUAAUAAUUGGAUUGAAAGUGCUUCAAUUAAAUCAAAUUCACCACAUGAUGAUUAUUUUAAGAAUGAAGAAAAUCAGCCAAAUGAGUCUUUAAAACUAAAUAAUGAUGAUGAAAUGUCAUCGAUAAAACAAGAUAAAAAUGAUAGAAAAAAUUCAUGUGAUCAUAAAUCAAUAUCAAAAGUUGAUCUAUAA